UUGGUUAUCUGAGGGUUUGCUUCCCUCGUUUCACGUAAUUCUGUAAAUUAUAAAGGGUAGAUACGUAAUCGGACUUGUCUCCCUCUUAUUUCUUACAAAGUUCAAUUACGUAGAUGAGAUUUUUUUUUUGGUUAUCUGAGGGUUUGCUUCCCUCGUUUCACGUAAUUCUGUAAAGUAUAAAGGGUAGAUACGUAAUCGGACUUGUCUCCCUCUUAUCUAACGGCUUCUUAUCCUCCUACUUCACUUGUUUGGUUCUCUUCCUUUACUCGACGCGCCGAUGGCCGCUGCUCUCCUUAACUCCCCGCUCUCAAUCUCUACGCAAAACCCCAAGAAAACACUAGGGAUUCCUCUGCAAGAUUUCCCUCUUCUCAACCCUCGCUUGUCCCGCUUUGAUCGCAGAAAGCUGAUAUCGUCGCCGUUCUCCUUCUCGUCUCUUAUCCUCUCUAAUAGAAAUGGCGUCUUGAACCGGCUGCAAUCAGUUUCUGGCGGCCAUGUUUCCGCGAUUCCUGUUGAAUCGAAAAACUAUGAGUUCUCCGAUGGUGAUGCAGACGUAGAACUGAGACUUGAUAUUAGUAAAUUAGAUAUCAUGAGCCCCAGUGAUAUUUUUGUGGACAUGGAUGAGACUUCGUUAUUAGUUAGAGUAAAAGCUUCUGGGACUCUCAUAACUCUUAUGGAAGCAAAUUGUUUGUUUGAGAGGAUAAAGCCUUCUGAAACUAUAUGGUAUAUAGAUGAGGAUCAGCUAGUAGUUAACCUGAAAAAGUGUGACAGAGAUUUAAAGUGGCCUGAUGUGAUGGAAUCCUGGGAGUCUCUUACAAAAGGAAUCCUGCAAUUGCUGAAAGGAACUUCAAUCUACAUUGUUGGAGAUUCCACAGAGAUAAAUGAAAAAGUUGGCAGUGAACUUGCAACUGGAAUUGGAUACAUUCCAUUUAGUACAAGUGACUUGCUGGAGAGAUAUGCUCAACAAUCUAUUGAGUCAUGGGUUGUUUCAGACGGAGCAGAUUCUGUUGCUGAAGCUGAAGGUUCUAUAUUGCAAAGUCUUAGUAGCCAUGCCCGAAGCGUUGUUGCGACUCUAGGAGGAGAGCAUGGAGCUGCUAGAACACAUGAUAAGUGGCGGUACCUUCAUGCAGGAUUCACUGUUUGGUUGUCCAUAUCUGAAGCAGCAGAUGAAGCUUCUGCUAAGGAGGAAGCCAGAAGGCAUGUACAAGACGGAAGGCUUGCUUAUUCAAAUGCUGAUAUAGUUAUGAAGCUUGGUGGAUGGGAACCAGAUCAGUCGCGAGUUGUUGCUCAGGCUUGUUUAAGUGCACUGAAACAAUUAACCCUGUCAGACAAGCAGCUUACAGGGAAGAAGAGUCUUUACGUCAGAUUAGGGUGUCGUGGAGAUUGGCCAGACAUCAAGCCCCCAGGAUGGGAUCCAUCAAGUGGAGUAGACCCUCCUGAGUCCUAAAGAAGCAAUCACGGGAUCUUGUGAUCUCUUCUCGUUCAGAGAAAAGUCGAAGUUCCAACGAGAACGUGCAUUGAGAGGUUUGUUUGCCUUGAACUGUCCUUUUUCAUGUGUGUUUAUCUGCCAUUAUUAUUAUUAUUAUUAUUACGUGUUUAUAUGGAUUUACGCAGCAGAUAUUUCAAUAAUUAAAAUGUUUUAUUCUCUCCUGACUUCGCCC